GAUGACCGCGAUCCGAAUUUGCCCCGAUUUCGCAUGUCUGAAAUUCGGAAGCACGACGCCAAAUCACCUCAUCCCUGGGUGACGUACGGCGACAAGGUCUACGACAUCACCGAGUGGAUUGCCGCUCAUCCUGGUGGACCAGUCAUUCUGCGAGCAGCUGGCGGCUCAAUCGAGCCUUACUGGAACAUAUUCACCAUCCACAAGAAUCAAUACGUUUACGACAUACUGAAUCAAUACCUCAUUGGCUACGUUCACCAGGCCGAUCUGGUCAAUGGCAAGCCUGCCCAGGAGACGAUUGAGGAUCCAUUCGCCGACGACCCGGUGAGACACCCUGACCUCAUCAAGCGGACACACAAGCCUUGUAAUGCGGAAACCCCUGAACCGGCUCUCAGCGCCCACUUCAUUACCCCAAACGAGCUCUUCUACGUCCGGAACCACAUGUGGGUGCCUAAAGUCUCUCCGGACGAGGCUGAGGCGCACGUCCUGACAGUGGAGCUCCCUGAUGGCACCACCAAGGAGUACAGCCUCCGUGAUCUCAAGACCAAGUUUGCAAAGAAGAAGGUCACUGCUGUUCUGCAGUGCUCUGGCAACCGCCGUAGCCAUAUGAGCAAAGGGUCCGGCCGCCCAACGAACGGCCUGCAAUGGGAAGCCGGUGCGAUUUCUAACGCUACGUGGGAGGGAGUGUUGCUGGCUGAUAUCCUCGCCGAUGCCGGGUUCGACGCCGCCACCGUGAGGAACGGCACCAGCGAAGCGCAGCAUGUGCAGUUCUCUGGCAUGGAGGCAUACGGCUCGUCUAUUCCCAUCAGAAAGGCCGUCGAUCCCCAGGGCGACGUAUUGUUGGCAUACGGCAUGAACGGACAACCCCUGCCCCGGGACCAUGGCUAUCCAUUGCGAUCCAUCGUGCCUGGCCACGUUGCUGCUCGGUCGGUCAAGUGGCUCAAUCACAUCACCCUAAGCGAUGAGGAGAGCCCCAGUCAAUGGCAGCGGAAGGACUACAAGUGCUUUGGCCCCAACCAGACAAAGGUCGACUGGGAGUCUGCCCCGGCAAUCCAGGAGCUGCCCGUCCAAAGUGCCAUUACUGGUGUCAAACUGGGAGACUGGAAAGCGUCGGAUGAAUCGACGUCGAGCGACUCGCCGGCGAAGGAGGUUGCCCUCAACGGAUAUGCAUAUUCUGGCGGUGGACGAUCAGUCAUCCGCGUCGAUGUCUCGCUUGACGACGGGAAGACGUGGUCGCAAGCCCAUCUGCUGCCGGACGAGGCGCCAAAGUUUGACGGCAAGUCCUGGAGUUGGAAACGGUGGACAUUUAACGGGGCUGACUCCAAAGGCGGUAGGAAAUGCACUACCAUUGCCAUCAAGGCGACGGACGAGGCGUACAAUACCCAACCGGAAAGCCAUGCCGCUACGUGGAAUUUCAGGGGCAACCUGGCUACCGCAUGGCAUCGCGUGCAGGUAUGCACAGACUGUUCGCCCGGCGCCGUCGCGUUGAAGAAGAAGAAGAAUUUGCGUGAGAAGAAGUCUUCGCAUGAAGAGUCGUGA